AUGGCCGUGGUGGUAUCUCUCCACAAUCAGGCGCCGUAUCGCCGCACGUACAACAGCCGGGAGAGGCUCAACGUGGAGAAUGACCGCAGUGAACUUUGGCUGCAUCCCGGGGACCGGAACUUCCACAGCGCCGGCAGCAACCCCAACCUGGCCCGGCCUAUCAAACCGGUGGCGCCGCGCAGGAGAUGUGUCACGCUGGAUGGAGAGUUGCUGCCCAUUCAGCACAUGUGUCGUCUCAGCACGUGUGACCGGAUCACCAUCAACGUGAGCGGGAAGUAUUUCGAGACGUGGAGAAAGACCCUGGAGGACCACCCGAACACACUGCUGGGCGAUCCCGACCGACGGAUUAAAUACUACGACAAACACAAGGACGAGUACUUUUUCGACAGACAUCGCCCGACCUUCGACGCCAUAUUCGAUUACUACCUAUACGGCGGGGGAUUAAAAAGACCGCCCCCCGUCCCAGAUGAUAUAUUUCUUUCUGAGCUCGACUUCUUCGAGAUAGAGCGACCGGUCAUCGAGAAGUACAGACGCGGUGAGGGUUACAUCACGGAGAACGUCGUGCUCCCGGAGCGAGGCUUAAAACGAAAAGUGUGGAUGCUCAUGGAAUACCCGGAGACCUCCAUCUACGCCUACAUCAUCGCCGUCAUUUCCGUUCUCAUCACGACGGCUUCCAUCGCGCUCUUCUGCGUGGAGACCCUCCCGGAGUUGAGCUCCACGCACUGCGUCCAAAACAAUCCACCCAACUGGAGCGACGCCUUCUUCCUCGUGGAGACCGUCUGCUCGGCCUGGUUCACCUUCGAGGUCAUCAUCCGCUUGUUCGCGUGCCCCAGCAAAAUUGCCUUCUUUAAAGACUUCAAGAACCUGGUCGACGUCACGGCCGUGAUACCCUACUACGUCGGCCUGUUCAACAUCCUGUCUACCAUGACGUGCGAGAGCGCCAAGUCCUCCGCCUCGCUAGCCUUCCUCCGAGUGUUUCGCCUCGUGCGCAUCUUCAAACUGACCAAGCAUUCGGCCGGUCUUCAGGUGCUCAUUCUGACCUUCAAAGCGAGCGUGGAGGGGCUGUGCCUGUUCCUGGUCGCGCUCACCGUGUGUAUACUUGUCUUCUCCAGCGCCGUCUACUUCGCCGAAAUGGGCAUCGAGGGUUCUCAAAUUAAGAGCAUCCCCGACGGAUUCUGGUGGGCCAUCAUCACCAUGACAACGGUCGGCUACGGUGAUGUCGCCCCGAAAGGCCCCAUGGGUAAACUGCUGGGAUCAAUGUGCGCCGUGGCGGGGGUUCUCACACUGGCUAUACCAGUUCCGAUUAUUACGGAGAAUUUCAAUAAGUUUUACUCACACAAGACGGGUAGAGGCCGUAUCUAA